UUCCACUGUGCUGUAAUGUAUAUUUGGUGAUAAUAACGGUUUCUAUUCCCCAAUUACAUUUCACGUUAAAGUCAGGAGUUUUCUUUUGCUUUAAACAAACACUAACACUAAUAUGGUUGUGAAAACUAUGGAAGGAAAAAAAAUGUGAAUGUUCAAAAAACCCACGAUAAUACAUUUUAACGCAUCAUUUCCUCAAAUCUACAAACUACAUUAUAGUUUUAAUAUUUACAUACAAAAUCUCUGUAGCUGGGAUGUAGCAAAUGGGUCGACUUCCGAUCGGUUUCCGAUAAGAAAACCAAAACUUUUAGUACGUUUGAAUUUUGUUCCUCUUCUAUUGUCCUCACCAGUCAUCGUCAUACAGUCUACAAAUAGCAUUUAACCAACCACACAGUCUAAAUAAACACUUGAAUUGUGAAUACCAAAUCCUCCCUAAACAAUACCUAUACAACUGCACUACAUCCAGUAGCCUAGCAUUAAUUCUAAUGUCCAGAAAUGAUCGAUUUUAUUUAGAAUUUAGUCUCAGACUGUAGUUUAGUUGAAUCCAUAGUCUUACACAGUGUAGGAUUUAAUAACAGUUGUAUUUUCCUGACUUUUUCACUUUUCUUAAUUUUCGCCCAGACAAGUGAGUGAAAGAGAGGGUGGAACUGGGCGUGAAGAGUUCAGGAGAGGGCAUUGCAACACACACGCAUACACACACACACACACACAUUCAGUCAAACGGUGAGGAAACACACUUCAACAGUCCCGCUCCUGUCUGCUUUUCACGUUUCACAGGAAAUACCAUUAAGAUUAAAUCUUGACAUUCUGCUUAAACUCCACAAGUUUCAACUGAAUGUGAGACCUCUUCACUAAUUAUUAUUGGAGCUUUGACCCUUCUAAUGGGAAUGGAUCUCCAUCUACUCCAUCCAUAGCAUCGAUAGUGCGGUAAGCCAUGGCUGACCCACCACCUCCACCUGCACCACCUCCUCCUCCUCCUCCUCCACCACCACCACCACCACCACCACCACCAAAUGCCGGAGGUGAGUUGAUCUCCCGUCUAUCCAGAGCGGGUUCCAAGAUGAGGAACUUCAACUGGGAGGCCAUACCUAAGCACACGGUGCUGGGCAAACACAACAUCUGGACAACAGAGAAUAAGAAGAAGGAAUACGAGCUUGACACGCAGCACAUGGAGGAACUGUUCAGCCGCAAUGACCAGACUGAUUCUCAGGUUCAGGCAUCCAAGCGAAGAAGUAUAAGAGGCAAUCCAAACAACACUCAAGGACCUGAAAUGGUGUCAAUUCUUGGCUCCAAGAAGAACAUGAACAUCAGCAUUUUCCUUAAGCAGUUCAAACGCUCAAUAAAGGAACUCAUUGAGGACAUCCACAAUGGAAAGAGUGGAAUUUUAGGUCCUGGAAAGCUGCGGGAGCUUUUGAAACUACUGCCUGAGACUGGAGAGGUGAAGAAGCUUCUCGCUUUUAAAGGAGAUUAUUCAUCACUUUCUGAAGCUGAUCAGUUCAUGGUUCAACUCGUUCAGCUUCCAAGCUAUGAGGAGAGACUGAAAUGUUUAGUACUCAAAGAGGAAUUUCCACAAUUUAUGGAGGAGGUGAAUCAUUCCAUUACCACCAUGACUGCUGCUGGGAACGAGCUCUUGGAUUGUGUUCUCCUUCAUUCCGUCAUCCGCCUGGUGCUGAAGACCGGGAACUACAUGAACGCUGGUGGCUACGCUGGCAGUGCCGUGGGCUUCCGCAUGACCUCUCUGCUGAAACUUGCUGACACCAAAGCCAACAAACCAGGAAUGAACCUAAUGCACUAUGUUGUGAUGCAAGCUCAGAAGAGUGACGCUGCUCUGCUGAAAUUUCCAGAACAACUCGCACACAUCGGGGAUGCCGCAAGGAUCCACAAACAGGAAGUUGAAUCAGAUUUCCAAAAAAAAGUGAACGAAGUCCAGGAGGUGAAGAAGGGCACUGAUAAACAAGCUGACCUGGCCAAACAGAUGCAAGAUUUCUUUUUGCAUGCUGAGUCCAGGAUCACUGAAACACAGGCCUCCUUCCAGAUGCUGAACAAAGUCACAGACUCCGUGGCUGAGUAUUUUUGUGAGGAACCAAGUGAGUUUAAACUAGACGAGUGCUGCUCCAUCUUCCAUUCCUUUUGUGAAAGGUUCACACGGGCUCUUCAGGAAAACAUGGACCGUGAAAUGGCAGAGGUUAAACGGAAACAAAAGGAACGACUGCAGUCUUCUGCCAAACGCCGCUCCACAGCUACCUGCUCGACGCGAGACAGAAACAUGGAGGGUAUAGCACUAGAAUCGGUUCUCCAGCAGUUCCUGAAUGUACCUGAGUCUCACAGGAGAGCAAGAACCCCCUCGCCAAUCAGUGUUAGACUGAGAAAUGAGAACUCACUUCAGAAGAACCAGCCAAACAAAGACUCCAAAAGGAAGAACUGGGCUCUGAACAAGUCCCAGUUUUCCUUCAGUAAGGAGAUCUCUGACGAUAAAAAGCCAGAAAAGAAAAGUUUGAUGUGGAAAAAAUCUGCCGCUCGUGCAUCUCUAGUAAGUGAGGAUGAGGAAAUUCCAACUGAGAAAGAGGUGCAGAAAAUGAGGGAAGUGUCCCAAAGAGUGAUGCGCUACCAGACUAGCCGUGGGAGUGUGUCUUCUGGAGAACUUAUUUCCCCGGUCACUUCUCCAAAAAGAUGUUUCUUUCCUGAUGAUAGAGAAAAGCUGAUGUCUGUUACAAAUGCAGAGGAUGUAACCAAGCCCAUAAAAAGCCCACUGAUUCCAGAUUCGAAUCCAAAGAGCCCCAGCGGUCUCGGGCGCCGGCACACAAUCUCACUUCCUACGGUGGAUUUGAGCAGAACCGAUUCAGACGAGGAUAAAUUUGUUCCCGGUGAGCCCGAAAACGAAAGCCCUGGAAAUCAGAUUCCGUCUCUUGGAAAUAUCGGUAGGAUCAAAUCAUUGGACAACUACAUGUUAUCUCCAAGUGAUAGUGUAGGCAGUAAAGUGAUUUCCAGCACUCCAGAGGGCAAAUCUGAGAAUGUGAGUGCAGCAGAAGUACGGCAAGAGACUGACCAGAGCUUGUCUAGCUCCCAGCAAAAUUCUUCAGUCAGUGGACAGAACAACCACACCAAGACGUCCUCGAGAUUCAUAUCUUUUUUCAAACGUUUGGGUGAACUCAGCAAAACAAGCAAUAGAGAACCUGACUCCAGUAGUGUGGACCCUUAACAAACAUCUCACAGACAGUGGGUCAGGUGGUUGGUUGAGUUGAAACAGAGAGCAGACUGGCAGGCAGACAUACAGACAGACAGACAGUCGGACAGUUAGAUAGAUAGAUGGACAGACCGACAGACGCAGCGAUGAAUAAAUGCAUUCAUCAAAUGUUCUAUGCAACCUACUAUGAAUUACAGAGAUAUUUCUCUAAGCUUCAAUACAACCUAUGUUCCUCUAGGGUGCGCUGUCUUCCAUCAGGUUUUUCCUCACACGCUUGUGUGUGUUCUGUCUAAGUUAAAAUAACCCAUGUGGAAAAAUCCUAAGAGUAUUUUUUUUUUCUCUCCAAAAACCGAUACUGUUCUUUGCUUUACUUUGAUUUGAGCAAACUUUUCUCAAACACCUUUCCUUAUUACUUGAUAUUUGUGGGGGUCAUGCUAAGGUGAAACGUGAAAAAAUGUGUGACAAUCUGAACCAGGACACGAUGUUCAAGCUGUUAUGUGAAAUGUUAACUGUUGAUACACACGAUUUGGAUUCCCGACCAUGGCGAAGACUCCAUGUCUAUUUUGGAACAUUUCCUAAACGACUGGAAAUAAAUGAAACACUUGUAUUGGUGUGAAAUCUGAAGUAAUUUUACUGGUUAAAUAUUUCAAAUAAGUUCUAUAAUAUAUUAAUAGGGUGCUGCAGAUUAUGUUGUGUGUGUAAUACUGAAGACCGGAAGCAAGGUUGUUUACCUUUACCUGUUUAAUAUUUAAAAAUGGUCAACGUCGCACUGGAAUCUUAUGCUCUUAUGUUUUACUCUAGUAUUAUACAGGCAAUCUGGAUUAACCCCAAUGUCUGAUAUUUCUCAUGUGCAUGUCCUUCUAUUCAUACAAAUGUAUAUAAAAUAGGAAUCGGUUGACUACAUCCAUCCGGAUAAGCGUUAUGGAUAUUUAUUUCUAAAACAUAUUCUUUUUCUAAGUCAAAAAUUAAAAUAUUCCAUGCAAA